AUGUACAGACGUUCUCUUCUGAGAGCAUCCCAUGCCAAUGCUCAACGAUUGGUUCAAGUUCGCUGCGCCUCAGUGUGGAUGAGUGGAGCACGAACUGUUGCUGAAUCAAAUGUCGAUCAUUGUAUUGACAGUGAAAAGCUCUUCAUCGAUGCUAAUGUUCAACAACUUCUGGCUGAUCUUACUGGAAUGGACCUUGAGAGGAAGGUGUUCAAAAGAAGAAGAACAAAAAUUCAGCAGCGAUCUCAUUUUGCUUUGAUGACUGAUGAACGACUUGCUCAGACUAUGGAUAAGAUGCGUGCAGAAGCUAGGAGGUUCUUGAAUUUUGUUCCAAUUAAAGAACCGCGAUCACAGGAGGUCAGCGUUCUAUCAAAAGAUGCAGAAAUCAUGUGUUUUGAUAACUCCAAGUUUGUGUUCGUUGAUAUCACAUUUGAUGCUAACGAUCAGGAUCGUACCGUAGUAGUACGUGAAGUUGACGGUACUCUUCGUAUUGCUACACCAGAGGAGCAUGAUAGGAUGAAUCGAACGUAUUACGAAAAACCAAACAGACCUGUUUUUCUUCCUCCUUUAUUCGAAGAUCCUUAUCUUCAGGACGCUUUGGAUAGGAAAGAACAUGAGUUCGUUCUUGACUGGGCUUGUUGGUUUUUCGAACCAGACGAUCCUGCUUAUGUAAAGCUGGUGAGGUGCGUUUUCGAUCGGAUCGUUGAAAGCGGCGACUUUGAUGUUUUACACUCCACUCGUCAUUUCGGUACAAUGGUAUUUUACCUUGCUCUCAACGGGAAUAUUCCACCCUUACUGAAUUUCUUCGGAGCACAUGGAAGGGUUCGUGACUGUGCCAACCUAGUGCGACUACAGAAAACGCUAAAUCCUGAUUGGCGGUUUGUCAUAAACAGCGGUGACACUGAUCUCAAGAUUAUAACCGAUUUCGUUAAACAGAAGCUGCAGUUCCGUGAACAAUUAAAAGAUUUGAUCGCUUUUCUGAAGGAAGGUGUGACUAUACCUUCCCCGUCGCAGAAUGACUUUGCCCAUAAGACGACACUGAAUACUAAAGAAAAGGCGACACUUGAUGCGUGGAACCUCCGAGGAAACACUGGCUCAUUAGCACAUCUAGGCGAACAGUAUGGGGUGAAGGUGACUAAAUCAGAGGAAAAGACGGAAGCAGCGACAGAUAAAUACAUAUUCUUAGUCAAAAGGAAGGAGUGUGAUGCCGCGAAAGAACAUAUCCAUGGCCAUGCUUGUCCUCUGUCACCUCUUACUCCUUCAUCCAAAGACACUGUAAAGAGCUAUCCUUCGCCUCUGGAUGAAAUUCGUGGGAAGCUCUAUGUUCUGCGGGAAGACCUAGAUUUCGAUUGGGAACCUAGCGACAGUGCGGUUUUAAAGUUGCUUUUCUCUUUGCGGCUCUCUGCUGCUUUGUGGAGCAAUAUAAGCGACUGUGACGAGGUUUACAACUACUGGGAACCUUUACAUUUACUAUUGUUUGGGGAGGGGCUUCAGACUUGGGAAUAUUCCCCAUUAUAUGCCAUAAGGUCUUACUUCUACAUAUACUUGCACUACAUUCCUGCGAAUGUUCUCUUCCAUUUAUUGCCGUAUUCUAAAAUCGCUCUUUUUGUAACGUUGCGGUGUUGCAUUGGUAUAUUUACUCUUUUGGGAGAGUUCUCUCUCUACAAAGCAGUAUGUAAACACCUGAGUAUCAGUAUUGGACGUUUUUUCGUUGUGUUUUCGAUGCUCUCUACUGGAAUGUUUAUAUCAAGUACGGCUUUUCUGCCUUCGUCUUUCACAAUGGUCAUGAACAUGUAUGCUGCGGCUGCGUUUCUGGAGGAAAAGUGGUUCUCUGCCAUUUUUUGCACUGCAAUUUCUGCGCUUGUUGGUUGGCCAUUUGCUGCCGUUCUUGGCCUUCCAAUUGUUGUAGAAAUGCUGAUUUUCAGGUCGAAACUGAAGAUGUUCUCGUACUUCACAGCUCUUGCUGGUAUCAUAGUUGGUGGAUCACUUUUUUCCGUUGAUUCUUACUACUAUGGGAAGCGUGUUCUAGCUCCGCUGAAUAUAGUACUGUACAACGUUUUCUCCGAGCAUGGCCCAGAUCUUUAUGGAACUGAGCCCAUUUCAUUUUACUUGAAGAAUCUCAUCCUAAACUGGAAUAUUGUUGCCCUCCUUUCACCACUGGCACUUCCUUUAUCUGGGCUCAAUUACCUCUGUUCAUGGAAAGCAUUAGAAAAGCACAAGAAAUGGGGAAUACCUGUUCGUCUGUCUUACUGGCGGCAUUACUCUCCCCUGUUUUUGCUUUUUGCAUCCUUUUCUACAUGGUGCAUCAUUUUCUUCAAUCAGCCGCACAAGGAAGAGCGGUUCUUGUUUCCGAUAUAUCCUCUAAUAGCUUUAAUGGCAGCAGUUGCAUUAGAUUCUGCUGAACGAUUAGCGUCCCGCUUCAUUCGUAAAUUUUCAUUCUUAAGUUGGGUGGUUAUAUUACUUUUUGUUACUGUGUCCAUGUCUAGGACUUACGCACUCCACAGGAAUUUUAGCGCUCAUAUUGAGGUGUACAAAAGCUUCAAUGAACAUCUGAUGAAUAAUCAACAACUGCUUGAUUUUUCGAAACGUGGGGACCCACUACGCGUGUGUGUUGGGAAGGAAUGGUAUCGAUUUCCUUCAUCAUUCUUCCUGCCCCAGACUGCUGUGGAUGCACGGUCACGUAAGCGAGGUAUCCAUCUAUUUUUUUUGAAAAAGAUGAACGAUCUGAACCGUGAAGAGAUGUCUAGGUACGUACCACUGGACACUUGUGAUUAUGUCGUCGAUCUUGACGUUCCAGAUCAGGCCACAACCCUGGAGCCCAACUAUGGACAAAUGGCUGAUGUCUUCGCACGUUUGUACUCUCAUCCUUUCUUGAUAUCGUCAAAGUCGCACUGCAUUCUACUGUUCUACGAUGUAUGUGCUCCUCAGAUUACUGUAUUGAAAUUGGAACGCAGUCACAUGUUCAUUAUGUUAGGAAGCAUGUAUGGAGGCGCACAACGAGGAAACGGAUCUUGCAGCUGCGAAGAAGUUCCUUCAAGUGAAUCGAGAAGUUCUCCGAAAAUCAAGGAUGUAUUGAAAGAUGUGAUGACAAAAGCGGCACAGCUGGUCCGAGCUGCAAACGAUCUGCCGCGGUGUGGCGAUGAGUAUGAGUUAUGCAAUUCGUUCUGUGCCUUCACGACGUUUGUGGAACAACAGGAGACGAGGAUGCGUCUUAUGCUAACCACUUUAAUGCGCAACACUGGUUGUCCAACUAGGUUGCCGACAUUGGAUUCGGAUGUGGAGGAGUACCUAGAACGAAUCAUAAUGGUUGAUGACCAUGUUGUAGAGCGAGCUGGAAUUGUAAUGGAUGAGCUGGAUCGUGCUGGUCGAGAUGAUGUGGCAGAACUACCGAAAACUGUAAUUGGAGCAGAAUCCACGAGGAAGCGAAAAAUACAAGCAGAGACCUCGUUUCAAGAGCGGGUUCACAUCUCAAAUCCAGGUAUUGCUUUAGCAAAGCGACUUCGAGAGGCCUACGAGCAUUCAAAAACUGUGAAAACUAAGGUUGUUACAGUGAAACCGCAGAAAGAAUACGGUUUCGAGUCAUCUAUAGACAACUCUCUUAGUCCAUUCAUCCCAAAACUGCGAGUGAAACAUCAUGCUUUACGUAGGACGGAAUCUACAGGAAUUGUUGUUGUGGAUCAGGGUUGUUUGAACAUGAAAGAAGUGUCUACGGAUUGCUAUGCAGUGGGUACUAUUAAUCCGUACCAGUACGAAAUCCAGCACUUCGUAGUUCCAGAAGCCCAGCUGAAAUCCAGCAGUCCUUUGCCAGUGCAAGAAAUGGAUCUGACUCCGUUCACGUAUAUCAACACAAAGGAAGGGCUUGAAAAGCUUAGGGAUACACUAAAUAGCCUAAAGGAGUUCGCUGUUGACUUGGAACAUCAUGAGUUCCGGAGUUACCUUGGUUUAACUUGCCUUGUACAGAUUUCAACAAGAACCGAGGACUAUAUAAUUGAUCCAUUUCCUUUGUGGAAUGAUAUGCAUAUACUUAAUGAGCCAUUCACAGACCCCAGUAUUUUGAAGGUAUUCCAUGGUGCGGAGCAUGACAUUGAAUGGUUGCAAAGAGAUUUUGGAAUAUACGUCGUGAACAUGUUUGACACUGGAAGAGCGAUGCGACGCUUGGAAAUGCAAAAGUUCAAUCUGCGAUAUCUCGUUCACCAUUACUGCGAUGUAUCUUUGGACAAAAGACAUCAACUUGCUGAUUGGAGGGUUCGGCCAUUGGAUCAGGAUAUGAUUACGUAUGCUCGCGCGGACACCCAUUAUUUGUUGCAUUGUUAUGAUCAUCUUCGCGAAGAAUUACUAGGAAAAGGUGGAAGGGUUCGAAAUCUGCUGCCUGUCGUCUAUUCAGAAAGUGCGCUGAUUUGUUCAACGGUGUUUUCUAAGCCCAUGUUUGAUAAAGACGGAUUUCGGGGUCUGGAGCGUCGCCGACUGAAUAGUCGUCAGUUUGCAGCCAUGCGCUUGCUCUGGUGUUGGCGGGAUCAGGUUGCUCGAGAAGAAGACGAAAGUGUACACUAUGUACUGCCUAAUCGAAUGUUGGUUACCAUCGCAGAGUCCUUGCCUCGCGAGCUUCAAGGCAUUCUCCAGUGCUGCAACCCUGUUCCACCACUAGUCAAGGAGUGUCUGCAUCAACUGCUUAAAAUGUUAUUCAAAUGUCGCGAUCUUCCAUUAAUUGAAUAUAUCGAUGAAGCCACCGAUGAUGGGAACGAGGAGAUUUUUCGAAACAGAAAAUUGCAUAAUGAGUACACCAAAGAUAACGUACUUCUCACAUGUCCACUGGACUUUUCACAGUCAGAAUUUGAUGAGGAAAGUGGAAAUCAAACCAGUAAAGCAAAAUUUAGCGACACUAAAGUUGUCGUUGAAAGAUCCACAACGCGUUCCCUAUCAUCUAUUUUGAAUUAUGCCGCUGUGGUCAGAAGAAAUAUCAACGAGGACGUCGGUGUGCGUACGAUUCCCGACAAACUGUCAACAAAUACGACAGUUUUAAACCGGAUUUACGAACGCUUACUGACCACAGGCACACCGUACGAGAACUACGCAAUCGCUACAACACACGCGCAAAGGCGGGAAGCAGAUACAAAAUCCAAAACUGCCACUAAUUCGGAAACAUCAACUAUGAAGAAAUCCUUCACUCAUCAUGAUACAACCGUCGAGAGACCGAGUGGUCUUAAUUUGCAAGGAAAUAAAGACGAUAUUCAAGUUAAUCCCUCCGGAAAAGUAUCGUCUAGCUGUUCAGAAAUGCAUAGCAUAAAGGAGUUAAAAAGAAUAAGAAAAAAGGCUCGUGAAAGCAUGGAUAUCUCAACUGAGUUGCCGAAGGAGGAGGGUCCUUUGUAUGCAGUGAAAUGCAUUAAGCAGGAGAUCACAAAAGAUCCAAACAGAGUGGUCGACUCUUUCGAUUACUCACAUUUCGAUGCAAACAUGUUAGGUCAGCAACCUAUGCAGUCGGAUGAUCCAUUUGAUCCUUUCAACCAGAAAUUCCGUCUUCAGAACAAGAAGAAUGUCCAUAAGAGGCAAGGACGAGGUGGUCAUCAUAGAAUGGGGACAAUGAGUAUAGGUUACAAACCCUCAACUAUGUAA